AUGACUACCAUCGUACGAACGCGAGUUCCUUUAGAAACGUUGAGCAUGAGUCAACAGCCAAUUAGUCGGAGACGCAGCAAGCGGCUUGCAGCAUACGAUGAAGAAGAUGGCGACUUCGUGUUUACACGCGGAUCCAAACGAACGAAGACAGCACCAGCUGUCCCAGAACUUGUACCCGCGCCUGCUCCACAAUCAGCAAAGAGGGGUAGGAAACCCAAGGAACGCGACGAUGAGGCGAUUCCGACGGAGAAGAAGUCACGAACACGAAAAAUGAGUUUCUCGACGCCGAAAGUCGAGCCUGAUACCAUCAUCAAUCCGAAGAAGGGGAAGAGCACGCGUUCUUCGGCGGGGAAGGGGCAAAAUGCCGAGAGUAGCAUGAAUGCCUCACGAAUAGAAACUCACGACUACGAUGGCAUAGACUUAAUUGGAUCAGCAGCAGCCGACGAGCCAGAUAAUAUGGACAAGUCAAUGGAAAGCAAGUCUACAGUGAUUUCUUUACCAUUUAGCGACACCCCUGUCAUUAAUCGAAACAAGGAGAUGAGAAAGAAGAAUACUGGGUCACGAAGGAGCAGCUUGGGACUUCGAGGGCGAAGAGCAAGUUCUUUGAUCGAUAAUGGCCAUAGCGCAAUACCACAUCGAGAGGUGAAUUCCGCAGAAUUUUACAAACACAUUGAAGCAGACGGACUGAGCGAGCCAAGGAGGAUGAAGCAGCUGUUGACUUGGACGGGGGAGAGAUGUUUGGGAGAGAAACCAGCUCAUGGGGAAGCUAAUGACCUGGCUGAGCAGGCAGCGCGAACAAUCAAAGAGGGCCUGCUUAAGGAUUUUGCGAAUAAAUCAGAGUUUUCGGAUUGGUUCACGCGAGAAGAAUCGGCGCCGAGAAAGGUUAUUAAGGUGCCCAAUCCACGGAAUAUCGAGCUUGAAGAGAACCUGGUCGGUUUAGAAGCAAGAAUAAAAAUAUUAAGAGAAGAAAAAGAACAAUGGAAGGCUCUCGCGAAACCUGCGCCCUCGCUCCCUCCUCUCUUCCCCGACAAUUCUGACGACAUAGAUCCCACCCAAAUAGACGCGUCACUUCUCGAUCCCGAACAGGCUGCCAUAUUAGCUUCAGUUUCUUCAGCUUCUGCUCUUGAUUUACGAACUCGGGUGUCGAAACAACUACAAGAGUUACAGUCCGGACUGGAAUUCAAGGUUGACCAGUUCGCCGAUGGUGUGCACAAGAUGGAGCAGUACCAACAAACUGCUGGCAGAGUUGCAAAUAAGAUAUUGGCAAUAAGUGCCGUAAGGUUAGAAGAGAGGGAUAAGAGGGAAAAGGAAGCGACGGGUACAAGAGACCUGCCAAUGCAAGAGGUUCUGAGAAGUCUGAGCAGGAUAUUGCCUGAGGGGAGGAAUAGGCAGUGA